AUGUGGCCCAGCCUGUCCAGGCCCAGGCAAGGCACCACGCAAGUGCCAAGCCCCAAAGCGUCGAGAGCCUCCUCCUACCUUACCUUACUGCUCGGCCUGGGUCCCGCUCGUAGCCUUCAAUACCACCAUGAUCCUCGCCAAGACCAGGGAUAUGCCAAGAUGCGCACGCGUACGCAAGCCAUCACCCCCCUUCCGGGAGUCUCCCAGACUGGACCAGAGAAGGAAGAGAUGAACAAAGUCAAGAUGAAGUUCUCUAUUGCCUCCUCCAUCGCCGUCCUGGCCGCUCUGGCCAACGCCACCCCGACUCCCACCGUCGUCGGCGGCAACGCCGUCGACCCCCGUGCCGUCGAGAAGCGCGCCACCAUCACUGACGCCUGCGACGUCGGCUACGGCGCCGGCACCACUGGUGGCUCCGGCGGUACCACCACCACCGUCUCCACCCUGGCCCAGUUCACCGCGGCCGCCACCUCCUCCGACAAGGCCGUCAUCGUCGUCAAGGGCGCCAUCACCGGCGCCGCCAAGGUCAAGGUCGGCUCCAACAAGUCCAUCAUCGGUGCCAAGGGCUCCUCCCUCACCGGCGUCGGUCUGUACAUCAACAAGCAGGAGAACGUCAUCGUCCGCAACAUGAAGAUCAGCAAGGUCCUCGCGGAUAACGGCGACGCCAUCGGCAUCCAGGCCUCCUCCAAGGUCUGGGUCGACCACUGCGAGCUCUCCUCCGACCGUGACAACGGCAAGGACUACUACGACGGUCUCCUCGACAUCACCCACGCCUCCAUGGCCGUGACCGUCUCCAACACCUACCUCCACGACCACUACAAGGGCUCCCUCGUCGGCCACUCCGACUCCAACUCGGCCGAGGACACUGGCAAGCUCUACGUCACCUACGCCAACAACUACUGGAAGAACAUCGGCUCCCGUGUCCCCUCCGUCCGCUUCGGAAACGUCCACAUCUUCAACAACUACGAGGAGAGCAUUGACACCUCCGGUGUCAACACCCGCAUGGGCGCCCAGGUCCUCGUCGAGUCCUCCGUCUUCUCCUCCGUCAAGAAGGCCAUCACCUUCCUCGACUCCAAGACCACCGGCUACGCUACCGUCUCCGACGUCGACCUCGGUGGCUCCACCAACGACGCCCCUGCCGGCACCUUCACCAAGCCCGACUACUCCUACUCCAAGCUCGGCUCUGCCAAGGUCAAGGCCUCCGUCGUCGCCUCCGCCGGCCAGACCCUUUCCUUCUAA